UCUAGUCACGAGAAGAAAGGCAGGGACUAGUGAAUAUAUCACUUGAAGAAAAUGUGUCAUAUAAAUAUUAGAAUUACGAAUAUAUCCUACUAACCAAUCGUACAAACUAAUGAUAUCUAAAGAGAAAUGUUCUAGUUAGACAAAUAACUAUACUGUAUCAGUUACGGAAAUAAUAAUCCUGAUGUUAUGCCGCAGGACAGUUAAAUCUGAUAAUAAGCCUUAAUUACAAGAUCCGUUACGGGGAUAGUUAAAUGAUAUUGUAUUACGAGAGGUAUUUCACGAGUGCGCUCGGAACUGACGCAUAUAAUAUUUAUAUGAGUACGAUUACAAUAUGUUUAUAUUAACGUUGUAAAUAGAGCAGCCCACCGAUAGAGACAGGCCCCGUCAUGGCAAAAUGUAUAUUUAAUAAGUACAUACUCUUGUAUGUAUAGGCUUUUCUUAAGCUGUUGGUAAAUUUUAAUAUUGCCAGUUAUGCAAUUUAAGUACAAUUGCACUGACACAUCGGUUAAUAGCUAUAUAAUUUGAAAGAGGUAUCCAGCUAGCUACACUAUUAAUACGGCCUUAAAGUAGUAAAUAUCACAUAUCAGUUAUGUCGAUUGCAGAGAGCACUUUUCGAUAAGAGGUUGAAGACACAAUGUUUGAAGCAAAAGCGUGAGAAGCCAUGACACUCUCAAUCAGCAUUACUGUUGUUCCAGAAAGAAUUGAGCCUAGUACUCAACUUUCCAAAAAUGGCGACAAGGAGCAAACAUUGGAAGUGAACAAGUCCGGAGACAAAGCACCGCCGCCGGCGAGCCACUCCGCCAUGCGGCACACCGAGGUCACGGCGCUGCACAUGGAGGUGGACACCCUGCGGUGGCAGCUGGCGCAGACCGAGGCGAAUCGACAAAUGCACAUAGCUUUACUCAACCAAAUAGUUUCUUUCCUCAAUAGAGUGAAAGACCAUAUUGAGUGUCAUAAAACCGACUUCAAUACAACCAAUGAAAACAUGAAAGACAUUUCCAAAGAGAGGGCAUUACCGAGAUCGUUUAACGCAGCAGAUAUACCGCGCUCUCGGUCCGUAGUACACGUCAACAAACAUCUGGAGUAUUCUUUGCGUCCCGCUAAAAAACUUGGAACAAGGAAGAUCAGCAAGUCAAUAAGUAAUGUUAAUGGAUAUAAAGACUGCAAUAGCACGUGGAACCAAUCCAAAUUAUCGCUGACUUCAGAGACUGGUAAUUCCCAAAAAAUCACGGAAGAAAUCUCACGGCUAAUAACUCUUGCCAAUACCGUACUAAGUACUAAGCUGCCAGAUCUCGCCUGUAACGAUGUUCAAAAUAACUCUAAUGACAAAAUAAUUGUAAGUAAUGAUAAAAACGAAUCGAUAAAUUCCAACACCAGCCCAAUGGAUCUAAUAACACAAAAUGUAUCUACAAAAUCAUUUAUAAUUAAAUCUAUCUCCAAGAAUUCGGAUCUAUAUGAAGACUUGCCUUGUUCGCUGGUAGAUGCCGAUGAUGAUAAUAUUAAAGAAUUAAUAAUGCCACUAACAACGCUAAAUUGUGACAUCGAAAACGAAUUCGCAGAACUAAAGCUUUCAGAAGAAAAGCAGAACCAUAUUUUUGAAGAAAAAUCUAAAAUGAAAAACAGUAAAUCGUUUUUGAGCAACAAAAAACUAGAUUAUAAUCAUGCUGUAAGUAAAUUUACGGAAGACGAAAGCGGUUUUUCAUCAAUGAGUUCAUUUCAAGAAAUUGGCAUUCCAAUAAUAAGCAUAAUACCUCCAUCACCGUGCAAGGAAAUGGGAUACGUUGAUGAUAUCCCCGAAGUCAUAGAAGAUACAGGAAAGUGGAACAAUGAAAUUGAACUAAAUAAACAAACUGUAAAAGUAUUUUGGGUGUAACGAUUAAACGUACAAAUCAUUUAUUUAGUAGUCGUAAAAAUCAGGAUACCUAAUUCGGCGUGAUAUUUGAAAUCUAAGUUAAGUUGUUCGAACUUUUAGCGUUGUGAUGAAGUCUAAAUAUAUUUUUGUUAAUCUCAUAUGAGAAGUUUGACCCUCAGAAUAAUAACUAAAGCAUAGAAGCCGGGCAAAAAUAAGAGCUCGGUUAAAUAUAUCUUAUUCACAAUACGCUAUUACAUUUAGCCUAUGAGUGAAUGAGAGAGAAAUUCGCUAUAACAUUUUUUUUUUCUAGGAUUGUCACUAAAAUGAACAAAGCAAAAUGUCAAAUGGAUGUAAUUGGAUAUAUGUCUGUUAUUUCACAGUAGAGUGUGAAUAUGUGCCAACUUUACAUAGUCGUAUUUUAUUAGUUGAAAGAUUUCGCGGAAUUUCACCGGUCAUAUUGCAGAAUUUUAAUUAUAUUUCUGCUAUUCCUGAAAGAUUGUUCGAAAAUGUGCUGAGUUUUUAUUUAUUAUGGUUAAAAGUACCUUAUGUGCCAAUGUCUUGUGUGAUCGAGGGCUGUAAAUCACAUGCAGGAAGAAAAGAAAAGUAAGUUUCAUUCCAUUUUGAUGAUAUUAAUUUAUAGGACCUAACCUAAACAAAAAAAAAACAUAUAUGAGUAGUUUAUAUAAAUAUCACCGUAUUCAAUUGUGUAUAGAUAUUUUCAUGUAUUUUCGAAAUUUUCUUGGAACUAUUUAAGGUUAUGUUUAUUCGCAUAGUGAUGUGUGUGUUUUAUCGACCUCGGAAUAAUAACCUAUCGACAAACAUAGUAAUUAUCACCAUGAACUAUCCUUAUCCUGUUGGUUUACCAAUUAGUACAAGUUUAAAUUCAAAUUUAUUUCUUAUUACUGAAAUUGGAGCAACGAUAAGUAAUUUUAGAGAGAGGCGAAUGAAAUAAGUGAUCAAAAACGGUAUACACAUAAAUUAGUUAGUUCGUUAUUUAAACAUCAUUGCACAUAAGAAAAUGUACAAAGGGCGAACUUACUAAAUACCUUCAAAAGCUAUUUAGAAAGAAGUAUUUCAAAUACUAUUCCCAAAAGUAUCUAUAUAUAUUUGACUGAUAUUUGAUCUUGUAUUUUAGAUAAUUUUAUAGGGUAUCUCGUAUAUCUCUGGUGAUUUUGUUACCAUUAGUAAUGUACCGAUUUUUUUAACAUAGCACAAUAGCGCAUAAUUUAUCGAUAUGAAAAGUCGACACAGAACAUCCAUAGCAAAGCACAAAACUUGUGACAUCCUACGUAAAUGAGGAAUAACAAACAUAUAUGCAUCUCUUUUCGAACAAUAUCGAAUUCGUUAGGAAGUAAAGGACUGGUAUACAUGUUUGCGAAGCAUUUUUGCCCGGCUUCUAUGCUUUAGUUAUUAUUUUGAGGUUUGACCUUCCAAUACACGACUUCAUUCAACCGCGAGAAAAAUAAAACCUAUUUAUUAAUUGAACCAUUGUUUUUUCAUAAAACUUUUAAUCUCUAAUCCAGUUUUCAGGUUGUUCUUACUCAUAAUCGACAGUACUUUCAAUCUUUCUAUUCGAUGAAAUACUAAAAAUGUGCAGGUCGUUACCAACUUUUUAUUUAUAGCUUAGUAACUUUUGUGUACUUAUUUCGUUUUUUGGUAAUUAGAAAUACCUGGCAAUGGCUGUCACAGUAGCCAUUUAUUGCCGCAUAUGUUUUUCACUCGAUUCUUGUAAUUACGAUAUUAGAUAGAGACAUUUAAUUAUGUAUAUCGAAUGUGCUAAUCAUUCUGAUUAAGAAUUUAAUUCUGAUCUGAAAUUAAGAAAAGUUAAGUUCUAAUACUAGUUCAAUUUUGCCUAAAAAAUGUUCAAUUGUGUCUAAAUUAUGUGCUUACUGAAUUUGAUAAGUAAGUAAAUUUAAGAUCUUUAUGAGUAAGUUAUUUAUAAAGAAAUUUUUUAUUUACCUUGUAAACGAAGUUUUAUAUUAGGUUGGUUUCAAAUUGGUGAAUAAAUGUACCUACAAUAAAACGAUGUCGUUAUAAUUUAAUCGUGAUUCACGUUUGUUUUUUAAGGAACUGUCCGACCAGCGGCGAUAAUACAACUAGUUAUUGACUUAUCCUAUAUUUAUGCAUCCUAUAUGAAAUGAAUAUACAUAUAAAAUAUUUUCUUCCUA